GGUGUGUGAGGGUGUGUGUGCUGCGGGAGCUGCCCCCCAGCCCCGGACGCGGCGCAGGAGGCCUCGCACGGCACCCGGGGCCGCCCCCUGCGCGCCCCGUCGGGGCGGGCGGCGGCGGCGGCGCGGAGAUGGCGGGGCGGCGGCGGCGGGCGCUGCCGCGGCUGCUGCUGCGCUGCCUCCUGCUGGGGCUGCUGGGCGGCGGCGGCGGGGGCCAGCCCGGCGGCGGCGAGUACUGCCACGGCUGGGUGGACGGGCAGGGGGGCUACCACGAGGGCUUCCAGUGCCCCGAGGGCUUCGACACGGCGGCCGCCACCAUUUGCUGCGGCUCCUGCGCCCUGCGCUACUGCUGCGCCGCCGCCGAGGCUCGCCUGGAGCAGGGCGGCUGCACCAACGACCGGGAACCCUCGGAGCCGGGAGUCACCGCCCAACCAAUCUACGUUCCAUUCCUCAUUGUUGGAUCAAUAUUUAUUGCCUUCAUUAUCGUGGGCUCGCUGGUAGCAGUUUAUUGUUGCACCUGUUUAAGACCCAAACAACCAUCACAGCCCAUACGGUUUUCUCUGCGGAGCUAUCAGACCGAGACUCUCCCCAUGAUCCUGGCCUCCACAAGCUUCAGGACGCCAUCCAGGCAGUCCAGCACGGCGACAAGCUCCAGUUCGACGAGCAGCUCUGUUUGCAGGUUCUCCUUCCCCCGGGCGGAGCCAGGGUGCCUCGUGGCCUCCUCACCUCCACCCUACACAUCGGACUGCUUCCAGGCUGCCCACACCGUCCACCUGACCCAGCCAUCGGGAUUUCUGGUGUCUCCGCCGUACUUUGGGUAUCCUCUCCAGCCAGAGCCUGCCCUGGCUGGGAAGAGCUGCUCUGAUUUUACUCAGAGCUGAAAGAAGUUGUGAAGAAGUAAUGCAGCCUUUGCAGCCACAGGGCCUGCUGCUGGUGGGUGUCACGCUGAUGUGUUCUGUGGCUGCAGAAGUCAGAACUGUUCUGUGGGUGAGUUGCCCUUGAAAAGUGAGGGAUCUCACUUGAGACUGCGUUUCCCAAAGUUGGAUCACACUUAAAAAGGAGUUGUAAAACAAUCCUAACAGUUGCUCUAAAACUGGACUGCUCUGCCUAAUUUGUGCAGAAUGUGUUCAGAAACAAGUAAAAGAACCAUGUUGGGACAAAGUUACUCAGUGUUAUAACUGACAUUUUUCCCUAAUGCGGUUAACUCAGUUAACAAACAGUGGCUGCAGCCCACUGAUAAUAAUCAGACUAGUUCUAUAAAGCAGCAAUAAGCCUGAGAAGUGGGAGAGGAGUGAUACUUACUAAAGAGGAUCCUUGAAAACAGCUGACUGCUUACCACUUCCAUGAGCAAUGGAGGAAGAAUUUCAUUUGAUAUCAAAAUGCAGAGGUUUUUGAAAAAGACACAUAAUCUACCUGAACUUACAAUGCAUAUUUGUAUUAGUAAAUUUUAACGAUGGUAGAUAAAACUAGUACUAAUUAGGCUAGUUGAAGAUCAGACAGUCCCACAUAGCCAAAUUAUCUGUGAGGAAAGCAGAAUGUAUUCAGCAAUAUCACCAAUACCUUCUCCACAUAAAAUUCUAAAAAUAGCAUUCUACUAAGGCAUUCUUCAGAAGGAAGUAUUUAUUGUCAGCUUUUUGCUCAGCAAGUGUAAGUUGGACAAACUGAUCAUGAAGUUCUGUUUGUAAAAUUAGCCAUGUAUAAAAUAUAAAGACAAGUUUGUAAUUUAAAAUGUAUUUACACCAUUGACAUCACUAAUUAUUUAGUAGUAACAUGCAAAAAAAAUCACCAAUAAACUGUGUGGUUGAAAUAUUGUGUCAUCAGUAUGGCUCUGUACAGGUAGUGUUUGUUGAAUUUUGUUGGUGUAACUUUUGUAUUUUUUCAUGUUAAAAUAGUUUAUUCUGCUAUUAAAAAUGAUUUACAAUUUCAACUGCACCUGUUGUGCAGAUUUAAUAUCAUACAAAAUUCUGACUAUAUAGCAAAUAGAUUCAUUUAUGUCUUUUACAUGCAGCUGCAAUGAAAAAGUGGUGAAAAACUGAUUAGUUGGGUAUUUUGGAUUAAACAUCCUGUGCUAGGAAUAAACUGUUUGCCCUUCUACAUUCCUUCACCUAAGUAAACGAACAAACCAAAUGGAAGAAAAAAAAAAAAAGCAUCUAAACCAAAUACAUGCAGUAAGCAAAUGGAAAAUACACAAGAAAAAAAUGCAGUCAUUAAAGGACUUCUCUGUAUACUUAUUUUUGUGAAAAAAUGAAGUCAUUCUGUGGGUCAGAACCUACAGUAUCAGAGGCUGAGCUUUCCUUUUAGCCUCACACUCUCUGUGUGUAGGAUCUGUCGAAGCACAUUACAG